GUUUACCUCAAAAACAGUAUGUCCCGAUCCAAGCUCGGAUUCACAGAUAGAUCUGUUUACCUCUAUGAAAAUCACUUGACCUAUCGCUUCGUCGCUAAUAAUUGAGAUCCCUCGUGGAGAUUACAUUCAAAUUUUAGACUUAAAUCAUCAGUAUUUUUAUUGAAAUCUGGAUCUGACCGCCCUACCUCGUCUGCAGAACAGCAUGUUGAGGCACUACCCAACUGCCACUCCAGUACAUUUCCGCAUUCAGCUGCUGUCGGACAAGAAGGUCGUCAUGGUCGAAGCAGCAGGCUACGAAACGGAGAUCUUCUUGCCCCAGUUAUUGGAUGGUCGCAUUAACUUGAAAAACAUCAUUCGCAGUCGUCAGCCCAGACAACAUCAACAUCAACAUCAACAUCAGCUUCAGAAUUUUGAUAGCUUCGCCGAUUCCCGGUCAAUCCAAAGCAAGGUCAGACAGCGUUCGGGGCAAUCCAAGCUGACAACUGCAACAGCAGGUCUGGCUCCUCCCACAUUCAAUGGAGAUGUAUUUGCUGCAGGAGGUUCAAAUGUGGGAAAUGGUCCACAAUUCGCCUUGAAGCUGAUCUCCAAUGGUAGCGUGGUGCUCGUGGAGUCCAAUGGGUACGAGUCCGAGAUAUUCCUGCCCCAUAUGUCUUGCGCCUACGUUUCCAUGAAACGCGUUACAGCCAGCCAACUUGUCCAAUGCUCAUGCUUGACGUCCAAACAGGCAACUCGUCCAGAGAAAAUUAAUCCGAAUCCCACGGCUGUGAUGGGCCAACCCAAGUCCAAUCGUGUUAAUUUGCCCAAUGCAACGCGGCGGUGCGGCAUCGGAGAAUCCAAAAAGGAGAGCUCGGUAACAUUUACAGCAAAAGAUGGUGUGGAGGCUUUUGUGUCUCGGAGGGGAAAACGUCGCAAGACUCAUCAUCAGGAUAUGGCAAAAGCAAAGGCCAAGCAAUCUGAGGCUGGCGAUCAGCAGGUCAAAGUGAAGGCAUGUGAGCAACUGCCACUCCAGGAGUACUCACCCAGGCAUAUGACAUAAAAAUGUUACAAAUUGUAUUCUUACGCCAUUGCC